AUGGGCGCCGCGGCCCUGCGAGCGCUGCCCUGGGCACUGCUGCUGCUGGGGCCGCUGCUGCCCGGACAGGGCCUGCAGGCUAACUCCGAGCCCCCCCAGCGGCCCCCGGCCCCGCUGCCUGCCGGCGACGGCGGCGGCUUCACCACGGCACCGCCCGGCUCCGCGCAGGAGAUGCUGCCGCUGCACCCGCAGCCGCCCAACGCCUCGGCCGAGGAGCACGCCAAGACCCGCAAAGCCUUCCCCGUCCUGGGCAUCGACUACACCCACGUCCGCAUCCCCUUCGAGAUCUCCCUCUGGAUCCUCCUGGCCUGCCUCAUGAAGCUGGGCUUCCAUGUGAUCCCUUCGGUGUCCAGCAUCGUUCCCGAGAGCUGCCUGCUCAUCGUGGUGGGCCUUUUGGUCGGGGGCCUCAUCAAAGGGGUGGGUGAAAAGCCCCCCAUCCUCAAGUCAGACAUCUUCUUCCUCUUCCUCCUCCCCCCCAUCAUCUUGGACGCCGGCUAUUUCCUCCCCUUGCGCCAAUUCACUGAGAACCUGGGCACCAUCCUCAUCUUCGCUGUGGUGGGAACACUCUGGAAUGCCUUCUUCUUGGGUGGUUUGAUGUAUGCCGUGUGCCAGCUCGGUGGCCCUGGCCUCAACCACAUUGGCCUCUUGGCCAACCUGCUCUUCGGCAGCAUCAUCUCUGCCGUGGACCCGGUGGCUGUGCUGGCUGUCUUUGAGGAGAUCCACAUCAAUGAGCUGCUCCACAUCCUGGUCUUCGGGGAGUCCCUGCUCAAUGAUGCUGUCACGGUGGUCCUGUACCACCUCUUUGAGGAGUUUGCCACCUUCGAGCAGGUGACCAUCAUCGACAUCAUCCUCGGCUUCCUCAGCUUCUUCGUGGUGUCUCUGGGCGGCGUCUUCGUGGGGGUCAUUUAUGGGGUGAUCGCUGCCUUCACGUCCCGCUUCACCUCCCACAUCCGAGUCAUCGAGCCCCUCUUCGUCUUCCUCUACAGCUACAUGGCCUAUCUCUCUGCUGAGCUCUUCCACCUCUCUGGCAUCAUGGCGCUCAUCGCCUCCGGUGUGGUCAUGCGGCCCUAUGUGGAAGCCAACAUCUCCCACAAGUCCCACACCACUAUCAAGUACUUCCUCAAGAUGUGGAGCAGUGUGAGCGAGACCCUCAUCUUCAUCUUCCUGGGUGUCUCCACUGUGGCUGGCCACCACUACUGGAACUGGACCUUCGUCAUCAGCACGCUGCUCUUCUGCCUCAUCGCAAGGGUUCUGGGUGUCCUGGUCCUCACCUGGUUCAUCAACAAGUUCCGGAUCGUGAAGCUGACACCAAAGGACCAGUUCAUCAUCGCCUAUGGGGGCCUGCGGGGAGCCAUCGCCUUCUCCCUCGGGUACCUCCUGGACUACAGUCAUUUUGGCAUGAGGGACAUGUUCCUCACGGCCAUCAUCACGGUCAUCUUCUUCACCGUUUUCGUGCAGGGCAUGACCAUCCGGCCCUUGGUGGACCUGCUGGCUGUAAAGAAGAAGCAGGAGACAAAGCGCUCCAUCAAUGAAGAGAUCCACACGCAGUUCUUGGAUCACCUUCUGACAGGGAUCGAAGACAUCUGUGGUCACUAUGGGCAUCACCACUGGAAGGACAAGCUGAACCGCUUCAACAAGAAGUACGUGAAGAAGUGCCUGAUCGCAGGGGAGCGCUCCAAGGAGCCCCAGCUCAUCGCCUUCUACCAUAAGAUGGAGAUGAAGCAGGCAAUCGAGCUGGUGGAGAGCGGGGGCAUAGGCAAGAUCCCCUCGGCUGUCUCUACUGUGUCCAUCCAGAACAUCAACCCCAAGACGCUCCCUGUGGAGCGUGCCCUUCCUGCCCUGUCCAAGGACAAGGAGGAGGAAAUCCGCAAGAUCCUUCGCAACAACCUGCAGAAGACCAGGCAGAGGUUGAGAUCCUACAACCGGCACACGCUUGUGGCCGACCCGUACGAGGAGGCCUGGAACCAGAUGCUGCUGCGGAGGCAGAAGGUCCGGCAGCUGGAGCAGAAGAUGAACAACUACCUGACGGUGCCGGCUCACAGGCUGGAUUCACCCACCAUGUCCCGGGCUCGCAUAGGCUCAGACCCUCUGGCCUAUGAACCCAAGGCAGACUCCGAGAACCUGCCCAUCAUCACCAUUGACCCGGCCUCGCCGCAGUCCCCGGAGUCCGUGGACCUGAUGAAUGAGGAUCCCAAGGGCUGCAGUGGGCUCCCACCCUCACCGGAGGAGGAUGAGGAGGGGCUGGUGAUGCGGGUGAGGGAGCCUUCAUCCCCGGGCACCGACGAUGUCUUCACCCCGGGCACCGGUGACAGCCCCAGCAACCAGCGGAUGCUGCGAUGCCUCAGUGACCCAGGACCCCGGCCAGAGCCCGAGGAGGGGGAGCCCUUCAUCCCCAAGGGGCAGUAGGCAGCGUGCGAAGCCUCACACACCUCCAGACUGUUUCUCUCUCUUCA